AUGGCUACUUGUCAUGUUCGUUCUAUCAGCUGGCCCUCAAUUUCUCAUCCUCUAAGUGUAAGCGUUGAAGAUCAAUUGGACAGGUUGAGAUCAUCACAAACACCUUCCACUUCAGUUUACCAAAAAGCGAGGGGCCUCAGAGUUUUGCAUGAGUGCGUAGAUGAUUUUCUUCAGUUACCACUGACGCAACAAACACUCUCCAAAGAAAGGGCAGAAGAGGUGUUGAAUGGAUCUCUGCUGUUGUUGGAUGUGUGCAGCAACACUCAAGAUGUUUUCUCAUCAAUGAAAGAACGCUUUAAGAGACUAAAAUCAUCCCUCAGGAGGAGAAAAGGUGGGGAAUCUGGCAUCGCAAGUGAAAUUGAGGCUUACGUGGUGUCUAGGAAACAAUUAAAUAAAACAACCCGCAAAUGCUUCAGAAAUUUGAAGAGCAUGGAGAAGAACAACACUUCAGCAGUCCAUGCAGUCGGCAUGCUAAGAGACGUUAAAGAAAUAACACUGGAAAUUUUCCAAUCUCUCUUGUCUUUAGUUUCUCAGCCAAAGACAACAUCAAGCUCCCGUGGCUGGUCUGUCGUUUCAAAAUUAUUUCAAUCCAAACGUGCAUCAUGCGAAGGCGAAGCCACCAAACUGGAAAUGAUAGAUGCUGAGUUGCUUGUCCUGAAGUCAGGCAAAGACAUCAAUCCUAUACAAGUGCAAAAUAUAUUGAAAGAACUAGAGCUAUUAGAGUCAGUCAUUCAUGAAGCAGAGGAGGAGCUGGAGGCUGUUUACAGGAAAUUGCUGAAAACCAGAGUUUCCAUUCUCAACAUUCUCAGCCACUAG